AGUCACGGCAAAAAGAUUCUGUCAACAUGACCACUCGUAAAUGAAUCCAUGAGCGCUGACUGCUUCUGUUACAAGGCUGACACCGCCUAUUUUCAUGCUGGUAAGAAAAGAGCGAGAUUACCAUUCCAUUCGUCGGCACUUCACUGGCAGCCAUAUUUCGAUGUGUCUGAGAUGGAAAAUAAAACUCUCAUCAAUCAGGAUAUAAAAUUGGGAGGAAUUUAGGAAAACGUGCUGCAAAAUGUUUUUAACAAGGAUUAAAUACGCGGUGUUUAUUGUAUUAAUAUGUUCGGUUGUUGGAUAUACCAUUUCGCUUGUAUUCAAUAGUUCAGUAGUGAAUGAUGAGAUUUUGCCGAGGUACGUGGAAGUUUGGCGUCAGCAGCUCCGAGAGAAAGUCGGACUGUCAUUACGACCAACUCACGAUCCUUUCUUUAAUACCAAGAAGCCGGAAUGUCGUGAGCAUAAUAUAUCAGGACAAGUGGGCAGGGUGAAACCCGAUUUGAACGCUAUACCCGUAGCACACACAGAGGAAAUAGUAUUCGGACACUUGGUCGGAGAAGUUCGGACGGCUGUGAAAGUGGCCAAUGAGAUGCUUCGUAAGAAACUCGUCGAUGACAAGACCGGAAACAAAACGGACACUGAUUGGCAUUUUAAUGAACUUCUCAAACCGGAAAUAAAAACAAACGAUAGCUAUCGGUAUCUACCAGGUGGACAUUGGAAACCAAUCAACUGCUCACCAAAAUGGAAGGUGGCAAUUUUGAUCCCCUUCCGGGAUCGCUUCUUUCAUCUUCCGAUCCUUUUGCGAUACCUAAUUCCGAUGCUUAAGAAGCAACUAUUACAGUUCAGUUUCUUUGUUAUUGAACAGGCCAAUAAAAACCUAUUCAACCGAGCCAUGCUCAUGAACGUUGGAUUCCUCGAAUCCCUCAAAAUUUUCGACUACGAUUGUUUCGUCAUUCAUGACGUGGAUCACGUGCCUUUAGAUGAUCGUAAUUAUUACGGCUGUACUGACAUGCCCAGGCAUUUUCUCUCAGGUGUUGAUAAAUGGAAAUACAAAUUAUUAUACAAGACUUUCUUUGGAGCUGUCACGGGUCUAACCAAAGAAAACAUUCGAAGCAUCAAUGGUUUCCCCAAUGUCUACUGGGGGUGGGGCGGUGAGGAUGAUGACAUAUGGAAGAGGGUUAAAGACGUUGGCCUAAAUAUUACUCGUUAUGAAGGACCCGUCUACCAUUAUGACGUCAUCAGGCAUCAUCACAAAAGUGCACCGUUGGCAAAAGACAGAUUUGAACUGCUCCGUAAAUCACAUGACCGACUGAAAAAGGAUGGGUUAUCGAAUAUUGUCUAUCCGACCCCCGUGUACGAACUUCAUACACUUUAUACGAACAUAAGCGUCGAUAUCCAUAGGAUCUAAAUCUAAAUGAAUGAUAUUACUUCCUUUCAAAUCCCAGCAUGGUUAUAGUGCCUAGCUGCAUGUAAAACACAGUUAAGAUAUCCCAAAGGGAAACACUGAACAUUGACUUUCGUCCAUUGCCAACAGCUGAUGUUGACUACAACUGUUUCCGGGUGAAGGUUUUGAUCGGUUUUGUGCUAAAGACGACAACUAUGACAACAUGACUCCCAAAUCGCGAUCUCGUGGGAUGCAAAAGAAGUUUACACACGUCAAAAUAUUACACUUACCAUCAGUGGGAAUUGACAAGGUUAAGAGUUUCCAAGUCAAAGUAAAGUACCGGUAAGGUACCAGAAAGUGAAUUUGUCGACGUUGGGCCUAAAGCCGAAUAUUUUCCACCCGCAUAGGAUCUGCAUGGCAGCACUUCAUUGAUGAUGCACAGGCAAUUACAUAUUUUCAGGAUGUCAACGUAAGAGCGACCUGUUCCCACUAGCGUACCUACAGGGGGGGGGGCAGAGGGGCAGUCUGCCCCCCCCCCCCUGACGAGCCAACACCCAUUCAAAGUCACCACCCAUGCAUGUAUCCCUGUCCCCCUGACGAGCUUGAAAGACCUUUUUGCCCCCCCUGACGAAAAUCCUGGAAAAUCCUAGGUACGCCACUGCCUGUUCCUAUACGUUCUUUGAACUAUACCAAUAAGGUAUGGUAUAUUUUGGGUUAUAGACUAGUCGACACUAGCGUACAUAAGGGGGGGGGGGGCAGGGGGGGGGGGAAGACGAGUCACAACUCAUGCAGGGGACGUUUCCCUGCCCCCCUUUUGAGAAGCCAAAUUAAUAAUUUCUAAUGUAAAAAUGCAAUAAAAACAGACGUGUACCCCCUCUUUUGAAGACUUUUUUUUUUUUUUUUUUUGCUUGUCAAAUUUUUUCGCGGACGAAAUCGAAAUAUCCUCCAAAAAUUUGCCCCCCUUCUGGAAAAUCCUAGGUACGCCAGUGCUAGUCGACGUGUAUACCUAUAGCGACGUCAAAACGACAAUGAAAGUGUUUCAUUUGAAAAUGCAAUACAUUAUUGUCGUCACUUGUUAAAAAAACAUCAAGGGGGAAUUAUUAAAUUAAGAUCUUAACAUCGAUCUACCGAAUGGGACUAUCUCACCAAUUCAACUUCAGUAUUUCAUUUGGACACGAAACGCUAUCUUGCCAAGUAGACUAUCCCGAAUUCAUUCAGUCAGUAUAAUUAUAAUGACAACUUUCUAAAUAUUGCAUAUACUACUAUAAAUGGUUCGACCCACGGGGGGACACAGCUGGCUCGCGCCCCCCUUUUGAGAGGCACAAUUAAAAUUUGUAAUGUAAAAAUGCCGUCAAAGCACAAAUUUGCCCCCCCCCCUUGGAAAAUCCUGCAUCCGCCCCUGGUUCGACCAAUCACUUAAAUUGUUGGAUUCAGCUGUAAGCAAGGUUGAAUAUAACAUUUUGAAAAGGUCACUCCUCCGACCUUUCAAUCGUUGAUUUAACAUUCCAUUUUUUAGAGUAAGUCCAAACUUAAGUACGAGCAUGAAACUUUUUUUCAAUUAUAAAUCCUUUCGAAAGAAAUUAAUACAUGUUGUUCAUUCUCAUCAAUAAGCUCACUUAUUUGUUCAUCAUGUAUGACAUAGUGCCAAAUGGAAAAUCAAUCCAAAGUAUGUUCAUUACGUAUGAUUCAAUUUUAUG